GUCGAAAAGAUGGGCAAGGCGACAGAGGAUCAGCUGCGUUUGAUGGUCAUGAAUAGAGAACGCCUUUAAAAGGACUCUUCCUUUCAUCCGGUAAGAGGUGCAUCUCAUAGAAUAAUACCUCUACUUCCUUCCUAGUGCUGUAUGACCUCGCGUAUAUUUUUUGUGUCUCUGAUCCACAGGCGGGGAUUGAAAGUUGUAGCACACUGCGGUGCUGGAUCGGAAUGUCGACUGGAGUCGCGGAAAUUAUAAUUUUAUAACGUACACUCUCGAUCGCAAGCUUAGAAUCUGCCGAAAGCUCUUCAACCUUCACACUGAAGGGUCCCUGAACAAAUGUUUCAUAGGUUGAGCAAACAAAAAUGACGGAAGGUAGGCAAUGUUAUGUGUAAAUAAGUGUAGUGUUUCAACCCAUCAAUUUGCCCAUAAUGACAACAGUAUGCAAGUUUUGACGCCAUACCAAUUUGAUUACUAGCAAAUGGUACGCUUUUAAGCUUCUUUAUCCAUCAUGCUGGAUCCUUAUCGUGUUGAAGAUUAAAUCUGUCUUUGAUUAAACUGUCUUGGUUGCUCUUAGAUCUUAUAUCGUUCCAUCCAUCGUUUUCGUUUAUUCAUUUCCUCACACGAGGGCCUUGCAUUUUCGAGUCAAACACUGCUCUGUGACCAUUGAUCAAUAUUUUAUAAGCUAUUCUGCGUUCUUUUCUCUUCAAUAAUUCUAGAAUUAGCAGAAGACGGUCGCUGUUACGAAACAAUCGAACAACCGGUGUGGAAGUCUUAUUGUAAGUAGGUUAACUCUGAAUAAUCCCAAACAUUUAGUGAUCAUGUAUGUUAACACGAGCACAGCCUGUGUGGAAUUAAGUUUCAGCCUUUACUUGAUGACACGUGUGUUUUGAAAACAAACUUUUGUAUUUGUUUGCCAGUGUACAGACUUCAACAGAAAGCCCCCAAGGCAAGAAGAAUUGUGUGUACGAAUGAGGUAGGGAAUCGUUGUUAAAUUUUCUCCUGUACGAACAAUGGUUUGUAAACCACGAAUUGAAGACAGCAUGUUGUGUGACGGAGUGGAAUACAAUAGCUCUGAUAAAAACACCUGUUUGAAUUUAAACAAAUUGAUUUUGUUCACAUACCGCGGUAAAAUUUCCGCACAGCUCCAUACUAUUGUUAAACAAAUCUGUUUUCCCAAUGGCAAUGUAUUGUUUUUGUCAUUGUUUUCUCUAUCCAGGAACUGAAUGCAUAAUGUAGUAUUUGGCUGUGCGAAAAUUUUACUUUUGCCCGCACCCGGGCAAUAAAACACAUUUUCAAUAGUUGAGCUUAACAAGUGAAAACCGAAUUUUUUAAAUUUUAAUUUACCACAAAUUAUGCUUAGCGCACAUGUUGAACAUUCACAAUUAGUGACAAUUUAGUGACUUAAUGUAAAAAAUAUUAGGUUUCACACCUAAAUUUUACCUUAGACCAGCUUUCUUAUAAAGUUUUUGAUAUUUUGUGAUAAUCAGAAUAUCAUCACUGAUUUGCAUUUAGUUAACCAGUUAUUAAAGAGAUCAGAUUAUCUUCCAGAGGAGUAUAUAAAUCGCAGAUAAAUUUUAGUUCUAAAUUAAAGUUUUUUUAUUCCCUUUAUGAGUUAUUUUUCUACUGAGUGCCAGUGGUAUACCUUUGUAGCCUACCUUUCCAUAAUCAGAGUGGAAUAUUGGUACUACAUUGGAAGUCCAUUUUUAAUUCAAAACUUUUAAUUUGUCUUUGUGAGUGAAAAAAACUGCUAUGUUCAUUCCUUAUUAUGUUUAACUCAUGCCUUUGUCUUUUUGUUUUUCCUCAGAUACCCUUUAAGCCUGCUCAUUAUGGGAAAGAGUAAGUGUUGUCAUUUUAAGUUUGUAAGGUUAUCAGUGAGAAUUAUCAAUUUGAAACUUUAAUAUAGGGCAAUAGCUUCUUCUUGGAAAGUUUUUGAGUAAUUUUUGUCUCUACUAGGUUUCAUGGAUGUAUAUCACGUGAGGAAGCUGACGAACUUGUGUCAGAGGCAGAUGGAUGCUACCUUGUGCGAGAAAGUCAGAGGUCACCAGGAAGUUACACUUUAACAAUGAGGUAAAAAUUAACCCUUUAAUUCCUUAGAAUGAUAAGCAUCUAAUUUCUCCCAACAGUAUCAUUCCUGAAUCAAAUAUUAAGGUUAUGCAAAGAAAGGAACUCAAGAAGCUCUUGAUUGAUUGAUGAAUUCUCCUUGUUACUACCACUGGAAUCGUAUACCAGGGCGUGAAAUUGUGCCCAAUACAGGCGCCAAUGCGACUAAAUUUUUCACUUUGGCGACCAAAUCCUGAAAAUUAGUCGCCAAAUUGGCAAUUAGAAUGUUUCAUCAUAACCUUACUAAGAGAUCUAGUGAAUUAAAAAGAUUUGCAAAGACAAAUCCACGGCAAACUUCCUCGUUAAGUUUGUUUCCAAAAUGCAGCACAUGCAUCUCGAUCGAUAACUAGACGCCAUCUUUGAUUUAGGUGAGCUUAAACGUUGCAUAUCAUCCAUCCUAGUGUCCAUUUUGUAGCAUGUUAAAGAUCUUUUCCCCUACUUAAUUUCUAGAACGAUGACAACGUAAAAAAGAGGUUUUGUUUGUCUUUGAAAAUGGCGACCAACUUUCUUUGAAUUGGCUACCACUUUGAAGAAUUUAGGAGCCAAGUGGCUGUCAGAAAAAAAAAAUUAAUUUCUCUCUGUAUAGAGAACAGUAUAGAGAAUAUGCAUACUGAUGUCAGGGUGUAAAGGGUAUUUAUAGAUAGUAGAAUAUGGGGGAAGUAAUUAUUUGAGUUUCUCUGCUAGGUCAAGCGGUAGUUUCUUUUGGAUAAGUGUUUGAGUAUACUUUGCUUCAAAAAAUAUAUAUUUUGCCUCUGAUGCACACAUCUUUUUUGUCGAUUCCCUUCCCUUUCAGAUUUGGUGGAAUUUCAAAGAAUUUUCGUUUGUAUUAUGAUGGACUUCACUAUGUAGGUAAGUGAAUACUGUUUUCCUUUUUCCUUAUUUCUCCUCCUUUUUUACUCUUGUGCACAUUUCUGUUGAAAAAGUGUGAUAGUGACAAUUUGUACUUUACAUGUAGGGCUGACCCAAUUAUAAGGCUAACACUUUAACUCCUGGACCAAAUUUGUAAUUCUUCUUAUUGUCAACCAUACAAGUCUUGUGAUGUUAGUUCAGAGAAUUCAGUAUUGGAUCAAUUAAUUAUCCCCAAAUUGAUAUUUUCUUUAUUCUCAUCACUUUCUGGUUGAUAUUAUAUUGAUCUUGCAAGGAGAAAUUCUGUCUUGGUCACUUAUGGGAGUUAAAGGGUUAAAAUCCAACAGCCAUUUUUUUUCCAACACAUCCUUUUCAUUGGAAAUGAUAAAGGUUUCAACUAAAAAUGAGGAAAUAGUAAAUAAAGAGUGAACUCUUUGACUCCUAAGAGUGAUUAGCAUCUAAUUUCUCCUUGCAAAAUAACUUCUGAUUCAAACAUGAAAGUCAUAACAAUAAAGGAGACGAUUAUCAACUGAAGAAGCUCUUGAUUGGGUAACAAAUUCUCCCUGUCAGCACCUUAGGAAAUGUAUGGGCAACAGUAUCAAGAAUAUGCAUACUGAUGUGUGAGUGUAAAGAGUUUACAUGUCAGAAAAAACAAACAAAAAAUCUAUUUCUUCAAAAUUACUCUAUAUAUUAUACUGCAACAGCUGGUGGUGGAUGUGAAACCUCUAUCAGCAUUAUUUUAAAUUACCAUUUUGCGAAUAAAUUGUUGCUAAUAGUUUGUGAAGUGGUUUUAUUUUUAUCUUGGAUAUGUGAAUGAUAUGAUCAUCAUAAGAUAUUGCCCAUGUCUUUAAUUGUAGAUCAAUUUGACUCUUAUUUUCCAGAUGGCAAAUUUGAUAAUUUUUUCAAUUUGUUAGGUUUGAAUUAUUGUUACUAACAUGAUAAAAAAUCGAGACUUUCAUAGGUCACCUUGGCUACCUUGUAUUUGAAAAUUAGACAAUGAAUUUACAUUUUAAGAAUCUUAAAAAUGGUUUAGAUUAACUUGAGGGUAAUGACAAGACUUGUGUCUAGUUGUAAUUUAAGUCCCAGUCUUGAAAGUCUUUGCUUAAAGCAGUUCUUAAAGAGAUUUAACUGCUCAUGCCAUAUAUCAGACAAAUACUGCUUUCCAAGGGUUGUUUGGGAAAAUCAAACAUUUGCAUUUUAAAAUCAGCAUUUUCAACUUCCUCUGCUAAUUCUUUAACAAAUUUAUGCUAUGUACAUGUACAUAAAAAAAACAACAAUUGUUAACAACACAACCAGUUGCCCAAUGAGAGUUCACCAAGGUUCUGGUUGUGUUUAAAGUAAUAAAAAAUUAAUGAAACAAGAUAUCUGGUUACCCAUACUAUUACAAGUAAAUAUUCCCACCCUUACAUUAUUAGUUUCAAGACUGAAGGCAUUGAAAUGUUUUGGCAUGUGGCAUUUGAGUUCUGAAUGUUUGAUGGAGGAAGAAUUGAGAAAUUUAUCAAACAAUAGUAUUACAUGUAUGAUGUAAAACCUCUUUUGGCUUUCUGUUGACAAAACUUAAAAUGACAGAAACGUUACUGUUUGCUCUGUUUAUGUACGUAUGAAUUGAAAUUUUAUAUUUGUAUGUAUCAGUAUAUGUAAUCAUUUAUUUGCGGAAAUUAUCCUCAAUCAUUUUCGAGGAGGAUUCUUUUAGUUGAAGCUAUUGUUUUAAAACCAUGCUUCAGUUUGAGAUUUCUCUUUAAGUGGGCUUGACAAAAAUAACCUUCAAUGAAAAUUCAAGCCCAAAAAAGUAGAUAUUCUUUUGUGUUUGCUUCCUUGGGGGUUUGUUUUAUUCAGAAUAUUCUUUUUGUGUUAAGAAGGCUGCCACAGCAGGAGUCUGCUUUCUAUAUAAAAAACUUCUGUUUCUCUUGUUUCAUUCAGCUUCUGCACAGCAUUUGGAGCACAGGUGUUCAGCUUCAUUGAAUUACAAAACUCACACCCAGUUUUAUUUUGCAACAGGGGAGAAGCGUUUUCAAACCAUUCAGGAUCUUGUGGCGGAUGGUCUGAUCACAAUGUACAUAGAUACAUAUGCCAAGGACUAUGUUGAUACAAUGAUGAUAAGUCCUGGGAAAACUGAGGCCAAGAAAGAUGAGGGAAAACGAAGUGGUGGUGAUAUGAAAGAAAAUAAUGAACUGGCUAAAGAAACCUCAGAUGCCUCAGGGAAAGACCAGGUUUGAAUAUAUUAUCUUGGUUUUGUUCAGCUUAAUUUUGGAACUGAAUAAUAUUUCUCAGCUUGUAAAAGUGUUCUGAUUUGUGAAAAUCCCAAUUAAUGUGAACAUUUCUGUUGUCAAUGUAUCAGUCUGUAGUUUGAGUUGAUUUUGGAUUUUGUUACUUGUAGUUCUAUGUUUUAGAUAGCACAAUAUUUCAGCCUUCUUUGUUUGGGCCAAAUUUAACUUCUGUCAUUACCUAUGCAAACAAGUCUGACUACUGAAGCUGAAAUAAAGCUAGACAGUAUCUCAUUGGUUUGUAUUUUUUGUGAACAAAUUUCACAUUUUGAAGUCCAGUCCAUGUGUUAAUUGGGAUUGUAGAAAAUUAACAGUGAGAUUUUGUUUUCUUGUGAGUAACCUAAUGUUGAAAAGUCACUAACUAUAAACACUGUUGAUGAAGACAAGUUGUAUUAAUUGUCUAAAAUUAUGUGUGAAUUCUUAAAAUAAUUUACUAUUCUUAAGAUAUGUAAAUCCUGGCUAAAUCCUUUGUGAUGCUCUAUGCGGGUUGUAGAACUGUGAAGUUUGUAGUUUACAAAAAACUGAUUAGUAGUCAACUUUCAGUUUGCUAAGGAAAAAAAAAUGGGAAAAUGGUUCUACUGGAACAUGUAUUUAUGAUUGAGUUAUAUUUAUGUAUACAGUGUAUUAAAAUAGUGAUUUAUGAAGUAUGGCUGUUGCAUUGGAAAUAAUAUUAAUAUACAGCCAGUCUCUAUUGUAUCAAUUUGUAAUCAUUAGAGGACCACACUUCUUGAAUAUUAAAUGAUCGACACUGUAAUCUCUUUUCAAACACCAAAAAUCUUUAAAUAACAUGUGGGUAGCUGACCUAAAUAUUUUUUCUCUUAGUAGUUACAUAAUUUAUUCUGCUUUCACAAGGUUUUCUUUGAGAUAAUAUUAAAACUGAAAACAGUGUUUCUCCAUUAUCCUUACAUGAAGACUAACUAAACAGAAGAUUUGUAACUUAACCAAAGAAUUUGAUUGACAUUUUAAAAUUCCUAAUACUCAAGUUUCUUAAUUAACAAAAAUCAUUAUCCUAUAAAUUCGGGAGGAGGGAACAAACUGUAAUUCUUAAUAAAAUAUAUUCAUUGGAUGUAGAUCUUGAGAUGAGAGAACUGUGAUAUUUGGCAAAUUGAGUUCCCAUGUAUGUUAGUUGUAGGCAAACCUUCAAAGUUUAGUUUAAAAAAAAGGUACAAGAUGCUUUGAAUCUAUGACUUGUUUUAUUCUUUCUCCAAAGCUCUUUCAGUAAACAAGACUGAGUGAUGAUAUUUAGAAAAAUUAAGUCAAGAAGCUUUCUUCAUGUUUUGAUUAGAAAACUUAAUUUAACCCUCAAGCCUUGCUUUCAAGGUGUAGAUAUGUGAAAUUUAAUGAAGAUACACUCUCAAAGGGAGGCCAUGGGAAUGUCCAUGGGUUAAAAAAAGGAAAAAAAUAGGAGAAAAAUGAAGUGUUUUGUUGGUUUAUCAUGAUAAAAUUCAAGGUUUCAGUGCUCACCAACAGCCUAUAACAAUCCUGUUCAGAACAAAUUAUUUUCUAAUAAGUUUUUUUUAACUUUCAUGUACACUCACUUUGAGUUGUUAGACACUAGUAUAGCAAGCAGCACAGCAAAGCCCAAGCAGCUGUGAGUUUGAUUAAAAAAAAAAAACAUGGGAACUGUGAUGUCUCAUUCCAAUUCAUUUUAACUGUGUGGUUGCAUUAGAUUACGACUCUCGUUUUUUCCUUUCUAUAAAUUAUUUCCCCUCACUUCUUGGACACUUAAAUUUUUUUUAACUUUAAGUUUGUUUUUCUAGCAGUAGACUUGGACUUUCACCUCACUAUGUGAAAUCAAUAAUAAAGAAUGCAUUUUUUCCAGAAUUUAAUCAAAGUUAGUGUUUUUCUAAUUUGAUAAAAAUUUUUUUAUAUUGGGGAUGAAAGCUUAUUUUUUUUUGGCAGGCUCUUUUUUUAAGGUAUCUAGAAUAACAAUGAGAUUCAUUCAAGUAUGUUCAUUUUUAAGUAUGUUGUAGUUCAGAGUAAAUCCUCUGUCUAAAAUGUUGUCAUUACCAUAAUCUUAAACAAUCAUCUGAAAAAAAAGAAGCAAUAAACAAAGUGGUUGAAAAGAUUUUAAGCUAAUGAGAAAUGUAAACCACACAAGUGUAUGUACUGCUCAGGAAGAAUGAAAGUAAACAGCAACGUAUCGAUUAAUUUCUCUAAUUUUGUCCUAAAAGACAAACGUUUUGCUUUUUUUUUUCCUCAAUGGAAACAGAAACUACCAGUCACUACUCAGUAGCAUGGUUUGAAGCAAUCUUCUUUCCCACGCUACAUCUAUAAAAAGAAAACCUUUAUCAGAUAAUAAACAUUUUGUGGUUCUGCAUUUUGAUGAACAGUCUUGUGAAAGACAUGCAAAGUCCUUCAAAGAGUUUUUUGAUUGGCUGAGUGCAAACCAGUAGUGCAAAUUGUUGAUUACAAGAAAAUUAAAAAUAAGUUAUUCAAGACAAGUUGUUAGCUCUUGUCUGCCACAUUUUAGGUUAUAUGUGCAGAUACAUCCUCUUGGCGUGGGAUUAUUUAGUCAAGUUUGAAUCACUCUUUAUGGUGUUCUUGUAGUUCUCCCUCUCAAGGCUGAUUUUGUGAUGGCCUGUUCUAUGAUCUAUUUUACAUCAGUUUGCAAAAAUGGGGUACUAUUAACAUAAAUGUCACACAGUAUUUGAAUUUGAAUUGUGAUUCUACUUUGUUAUUGAAAUUUUAACUCCAAAUAUUGCAUUUCUUGUGUUCUGAUUGAUUAAACUCCAUUUAUUAGUUCAUAUUCUGAGUUGACUCAUAUAGAAAUGCAUGUGCCAAGUGUUGCAAGCUGAAAAAUGUUGCAGGAAGCGACAUUUUUUACACUGACAAAAUGGCAGAACAAAGUAGAUUUUGCAAAAUUUAUGAAAAUAAUUAAUCUAUUGGUGCCUGUUGGAUAUGAGAUUUGUAAUAGCCAACUUGACACUUCUCACUGAUUUCCACUGGACAGUGGUAAAAACAGGGUUUUUUUAGAGGAGGGAGGGGGGGUCAAACAGGGUUGGACAGCUGUAUAGGGUUUCCUGGCAACUUGGAACAUGCACCUUUAGUGGCUGAGUAUGUAACUUUUAUUCCUCGUUAACUUUCAGGAUCAAAAGCUCAGUUUUGGAAGAAGGGAGAGUGUAAAGCCAUCUGCUUAUGUAAAGAAGCAUAACUUUAAGGUAAUACUAAUUUUCCAUUGUGUAUUGAAAUUUAUCUGGAGUUGCACUAAUAACCCCACCUUUAUGUCAAAUAACCUGGGGCUAGUUUUGCAAAAGUCCCAGGAAAUUAUUGGGCCAAAAGGUAUAUUUUAGAGUCCAAAUUUAAACUGAACAGCUUUACAGGUCUGAUUAGUCAAUGGGAGCUUCAAGAAACAGACCUGUGGACUGAUGUAUUAUUCUCCUGUUCCAGAUUCACACAUUUAAGGGACCUCAUUGGUGUGACUCUUGUCGCAAUUUUUUGUGGGGUUUGAUUAUGCAAGGUAUCAGAUGUCAAGGUAAGGUGAUAAAAAGUUUUCUUGGUAUUAUUCUUCAUGGCAAGCAAAAUGCUCAUUGACUUUUCAGGUCAGUAAGUUAUAGAGGAUAGUGGUUAUGAGUUGAACAAUCUCCCACUGAAGAAAACUGUUUUCUUUGUGAAGUGGCUUCCUAUCAAAUAACCACAAAAAUGUGCAUCUUCUCCACUUAAAAGGCAUAGUUUUCAGCUGACCUCUACAAUUGCAAGUUAAGACGUUCACUUUGUAAAUGUGAAUUUGUUCAUCUUUUCCAAGAACUUCUUGAACUCUUAGAUGGUGACCUCCAAAGAAUGACUUGGGGAGGCUUACUUGUUUUCUAAACAUGUGUCUGAAUAAUUACAGAUUGUGGCUUCAAUGCACACAAACAAUGUGGAGAAGUUGUUCGUGAAGACUGCCAACCAGAUAAGAGAUAUGUGAAAAGAGGUAGGAGAGAGAAAAUUAAUUUUUUGGUGACACUGGUCAGAGUGUAACUAAAUUUGUCAUUCAAAGUCCUUUUGUUUAAGUUUUUCUGGGUCUGAUGUGAAAAUGUCAGAUUUGUAGGUGUACAUGCGAGUUUUGAGUUUUGAGUUUUGAGUAGCCCAUUCCCAAAACUAAUCAGAUGUUAAGAAUUAUUGAAUUUUCAUACACUGAUGCACUGAGAAGUACUGCAGGAAAAGUACAGACUUAGUGAUCAGAGACAACAGCGUCACAUGUCAAUGUUUGCCAUUGUAUUUUUACAUUGCAGUGUUUGGUGUCGAUUUAACAACACUCGUCAAACUUCAUAACACCAAGAGACCUUUUGUUGUAGAAGCAUGCAUUAGGGAAGUGGAGAGAAGAGGUAUUUUUUCGCUCUUAAGGUAUUUUUAACCCCUAAGAGUGACUAGCAUCUAAUUUCUCCUUAUAAUAUCACCACUGAAUCACACAUUAAGGUCAUGAGAAUAAAAGAAAUGAUCACCAACUAAAGAAAUUCUUGAUUGUUAGACAAAUUCUCCUUGUCAACACCUUAGUUAAUGUACAGAGAACAUUAUGGAGAAUAUUAAUGCCGAUGUUGGGAUGUAAAGGGUUAACUGCCAGGAAGAUUGUUCAGAGUCCAAAAGAAAUUAUUUUUAAAAGGACCCUAGUGGAGAUUAAUCAGUUCAUUUAACAGCUGGAUUAAACAAUCUGGCUGCUUGAAAAGGUAUGAUUAAAAAAUUUUUGCCCCACACGGUGAGAAACAAACUGUAAAGUGUUAACAAAAUAUCUCUGUGUAAAUCAUAUUUUCAAUCAUUAACAAGCACCAGUUUAGUGGAUGAAAGUUAAACCAAAAUUCAAUUUGCAGUCACUUUGCCAAUCAGGUGAUCGCAAUUUUGGACCUCGUCAUGGAUAUAUUUAUCAUGUACUUUGUAACAAAAUCAUACUCUUUGCAUUCAAUGGGUAACAAGUUUCAUACUGGGCUAGCAUAACCUUCAGUCAUCUCUAUAAUGUUGCAGGAUUAGACAGUGAGGGAAUCUAUAGAAUAUCAGGUUUUGCUGAUGAUGUUGAAGCACUUAAAAAUUCUUUUGAUAAAGGUAACACCAACUAUAAAAUUUGCCUCUAAGAUUUGCCUUGCUUGCAACCUGUAGCUUUGUAUCUUCUUGGUGAAUCACUCUUUUUUGUGGUGUCAGAAUCAGAUGGAUUUUUUAAAUAUAAUCUUUUUCCCAGUUAAAAAUUACCUUCAAAAAGGGGGAGUCAGCUAUUUCUGAUUAAUAAGUAUAAUUCAAGUUUAUUGUAUAAUCCCCCCCCUGAUAUUAAGAAGUUUAGGUUACAUAUUCAGGAUUGUGAAAGUUAGCAGGCAGCCAGUGCAUUUUACUUUCUACUUCAAAACAUUUAUUAGUAAUUUCAAAUGCAUGUGACUCAAUUUUCAGCAUUGAAGCACUACAUUGUACUACCUUAUUUGUAACACAGUCUGUUUACUAGAAAUCUUUAUGAUGGUGCUGCUUAUUAACAAAGAAAAUAUUUAAAUUACUUGGAAACAUGUGUACUUAGUAACUCUGAUGGUGUAAGACCUUAAAAAAACCCCAUUCACAAAUUAUUCCUUAGUUGUUGUUGAUGUUACUGUUGGUGUGGCUGUUGCCUUUUUUUGUCACUGUUGUUUAUGCUGCUGCUGUUCAUAGUGUGUUGAUCUUUUUAUUUAGAUGGAGACCAGGUGGACUUGUCAGUGUACGAAGACAUAAACAUUAUUUCUGGGACGCUCAAACAGUAUUUCCGUAUGCUUCCUAUUCCACUCAUCACGUUUGAUUUAUACAGCAAAUUUAUAGAUGCUGCAAGUAAGUAAACUGAACUUCUGAUUUGAUACUUUGAUUUCCAUAAAUGCUUCAAUUAGAAUCUGGGGAUAGGCCAUGCAGGUGUAACAGAUGACUAACUAUUGUCUUUGGGCAACCUAUGAAUGAGAGUUCUUUUAAAGCUGGGAAAUUCAGAGAUUCAAAAUUAGAACCUUGAGGCAUGUGCACUCACUGAUUCAACUGCAUAUCAGCUUGGCAAUCCUCUUUGGUUCUUGUGAUAGAGUACCUUUGGUUUGUCUUAUGAUUGUGAUACUUUAGUUUUACCAACACUCAUUUGGAAAUUACCAAAGACCAACCUGUUUUUUGUUAAUAAAAAUACUUUAUCCAUAAUCCAGAAUUGUCAAGCAGAAAAGAGAAGAUGGAGCAACUAUCAAAGGCUCUGUUACAACUUCCUGCUUCACAUUACGAAACACUAAAGUUCCUCUUGGGACACUUGUACAGGUUAGUGUUUGUAAUUACAUGUCAAAGUGGGCUCAAUAUCAGUAGUUAGUCAGAUGUUUCACUGUGUCCUGAUGAAGAGCAAGACAGAGUUUGUGUUACCUUGCCACAUAAAUAGCCAAUGAAGAACAUGAAUGCACACAAACAAGUCCACCAUGUCCUUUUUUUAUUUUGUCUCCCCUUAACCCUUUAACUCCCAUGAGUGACCAAGACAGAAUUUCUCCUAACAACAUCAAUACAAUAUCAACCAGAUAAGUGAUGAGAUUAAAGAAACUAUCAAUUUGGGGAUAAUUAGUUGAUCCAAGACUAAAUUCUCUGAACUAACAUUAUAAAAAUUGUAUGGUUGACAUUUAGGAGAAUUACAAAUUUGAUCUGGGAGUUAAAAGGUUAAAACCUCUUGGUCAUUGUUACCUAAUACAUGACAACAGUGAUAUUCUCACAGUUUUUGUAGAAAUGAUAAGUAGUGCCUAUGAGAUGGUGCAACUAUCUCCUCAAACCAAACCUUUGGUCUGUGAAAGGAAAUUCAGAUUGGGAGAGCCAUGGUUGUAACAAAAUUCAAAACCAGUUUUAUUUGGUUUGAGGUUUGCUUGACUCAUGUCUUUUUAUAGGAACAAACUGGCCCCUAAUAAUAACUUAUAUCACAUUGUUCUUUUUUUCUCCUUUGUACUUUUUACAGAGUAGCCAAAAAGAAAGAAGCUAACAUGAUGACUGAGGAAAAUCUGUCAAUUGUUUUUGGACCAACACUCAUGAGAGCUCCAGAUUCUGAUACAUCAGAUGUUCUUACUGACAUGAAAUUGCAAAGACUUGUAAUAGAGAGUCUCAUUACGAAUCAAGAUAUUCUAUUUGAUAGCUGAUUACAAGAAGAAGCACAGAAGUUAGGUUAAGUUCAUCCUUAGGGUCAGAUGGCCAUUCUGGGUGAGGAGAAGUUAACUAGUUGCUUUGGAUCUAUUUAAACAUGGAGUUUUAUUAUUUGCUUUCUUACUGUAAAUCAAAGUGCUUUGGUAUCAUAUGCCAGUGGUAAAAGAAGACUUACAUAGGGAAUAACUCUCAGUAUGUGAUAAAAAAAUACCAAUUUGUGUUGUUUCCAAGUGUGUUUCAUGUUACUGUUUUGUUUUUUUUUUCAAGGUUGAUAUCUUAAUGAUAGAAGUAGUUUCCAAUUUAAUCAAAGAACCAUUUUGGCAUUCAAAUAGAACUGAUGUUAUAAGGCUGACCCAGGAGUGGGUAAAAUAAAGUAUAUUCUGUGAUCUGAUUGGCUACCUGGCUGUAAGCAGGCAAGAUGGUCCAAUCUUGCCAGCUCAGAAUGGUUCACUUUCAUCCCUUAAAAAUAAGUUGCUUUUAGGUAGUUCACACUCUUCAUAAUCUCCAGGCAACCUUAUAUUCAAUAAAAAAAAAACAUUCAACCAUUUUUAUCCAGCCAGUGUAAUUUCCAGACUCAUAAACAAUCAGGGCUUUUUGUUUUGAUUAACAUUACAGGUAGUUAGGCUUAAAGAGGUUAAAGAUCUUGAAGAGAGUACUGCCUUAUACUUUGCGACAUGCAAGAGAGAGUUGUCACUAAGAUUUUAAUUUUUUUUUCUAUGAAACUUAUGAUAAACUUCCAAGAAAUAAAAUUUUAAAUGGGUAACCUUUACUGAGGAGCCUCAGAAUCACAAAAAAAUAUAUUGCAAUGCACAAAUUGUUUUAGGGGUUAUAGACCUUAUAUAAUAUUUUAUUCAUCAUAACCAUUACAAUUUCCUCAAAUGUGAUUGGUGCAUCAGUUGCUAUAUAUUUCAUUAAUCACUCUGUACAGUAGUAAUCCAAGAGUGUAAUUAGACAGUUGGCUGUUAUUGGACACUUGUAAUCCCACAGUUGAAGCAGCCAAUCAUAUUAAGUCCACUUAGCUAAAUCCACCAAUCACUGAAUUGAUCACAAUAACCAUAGCUACAACCACCUGCACUGAAAAAAAAAACUGGGAAAUUUCCAAAUUUUUUACUUCAGACAUUGUUCCAACUGGAGAUAUUCAUCCCAAAUG